GUUUUAUUAUCGUGUCCUGUUCAAAGUUGGCCUGUAUUGUUCGAUGUGUUGUUGUGACUGCUGGACCUCAGAAGUGUUUGAACUCAAACACAGAGAUCAGAUUUGACUGUCAAGACACUCAUGUCAAGACGUCGGGUCGCCGUCGUGGGUGCUGGGGUGUCGGGUAUCGCUGCCGCUAAAGCCUGUCUUGACGAGGGACUCGAACCCGCGUGCUUCGAGGUGCGAGCAGAUUUGGGUGGAAUAUGGAAAUAUUCUGAGGAAUGUAAUACGGAAUAUGGUGCCCGCAUCUACCAAUGUCUGAUCACCAACACCAGCAAAUGGAUGACGUCAUUCAGCGAUUUUCCAUUUCCGGCAGACAACCCGCCCUACUUUUCUUACGAUUUAUUUUACGACUACCUACAAAACUACGCUAAACACUUCGAUCUAAUCAAGCAUAUUCAUUUUAAGACAAAAGUUCUAUCCGUAGCCAAAACAAACGAUUAUGACGUUACUGGACGCUGGAAUGUAACAACGGAAUGUUCCGGAAAUGUCCGAACGGAAACAUUCGACUGUGUUAUGGUCGGGUGUGGGUUCUACAAUGUUCCACUUCUGCCGAGAAUAGACGGUAUCGACCGCUUCCAGGGAACGAAGAGUCACAGUCAGGCGUACACAACUCACGACAAAUACAAAAACAAACGUGUCCUCGUUAUAGGUAACGGAAGUUCCGCAGGAGACCUGGCUGCUGACAUUAGUUACGUGGCAAAACAGGUCUACCUUAGCGUCGGAGACGGGUGUUGGAUCGUCUCCAGGCGUGACGUAUCGUCCAAACCCAUCGACCUCAUUCUCCGAAGGAUAUAUUUCUUCCUUCCUCCGUCAGUGCUGCGCCUGUACCUGACGAGAAGAUGCAACCAUCUCAUCGACCAUUACGCCUUCGGGCUUCAAGGCGGCGACGGCCACGCACUGCGCAGCAUGUUGAUGGUGAAUGACGACCUGCCCAUGAGACUGAUGUGCGGGAAGGUCAAGGUCGCCGAAAGUGUAACGUCACUGAGCGAAAACGAGGCGACGUUCAAGGACGGAACGGUGAUUGGCAGUCUGGACUGCGUGGUUUUCGCUACGGGCUACGAGAAGGAUUUGUCUGUGAUUAGUCCUUCCAUUUGUGACGGAUGGAACGACAUUGGUUUCCACAAUCCAGAGAUAAAAUCUCCAAACAUCGACAAACUGGCCACAGAAGGAGUUAUCCUCAACAGUUCUUAUGUCCAGCCGCUUUGUAGUCCAUCGAGAAGUGCAAUAAUGACUGGUUAUUAUCCCUUCAAAAUGGGCCUCCAGCACUGGGUGAUAUUCCCGUAUCAACCAGUGUGUGUUCCGCUAAACAUCACCCUACUGCCGGAGAAGCUGAAGGAGCUGGGGUAUUCCACUCACAUGAUCGGCAAAUGGCAUCUCGGCUUCUGCAGCUGGAAGUGCACGCCCACGUACCGCGGCUUCGACUCGUUCUUCGGCUACUACAACGCGGACGAAGACUACUACAGCCACACUGUCGACAAUUAUUUGGAUUUCCAUGAAAACAAAAUACCAGCUUGGAAUUAUAAUGGAACAUAUUCCACGAACCUCUUUGCCUCCGUGGCGACAGACAUAAUAAACAGACACAACAAAAGUCGGCCGCUCUUCCUGUACCUACCGUUCCAGGCCGUUCACGAACCUAUCGAGGUUCCUAAAAGAUACGAAGAUAUGUAUCCAAAUAUUCAAAAUGAAGGAAGAAGAAAAUUCAGUGGAAUGGUAUCGGCGUUGGAUGAGGCUGUAGGAAACGUGACGUCUGCCCUGAAACAAAAUGGAAUGUUGGAUGAUACGCUGAUAUUCUUCACGGCAGAUAACGGUGGAUGGAUACCCUAUUACGGAAACAACUACCCUCUCCGUGGAGGCAAGCUCACCGUGUACGAGGGAGGAACUAGGGCGGUGGCCUUCAUAAAUGGGCGUGGACUUAAGAAACCAGGAACGGUAUAUGAUGGAAUGAUGCAUGCGAUAGACUGGAUGCCAACAAUAAUAGCCGCUGCUGGAGGAAAUUCGGAUACAAACAGAGAUGGAAUGAACCUGUGGUCUGACAUAAGUAGCGGUUCACCUUCAAGUCGUACAGAGUUUGUCUACAACUUAGACAGUAUGUUCCCGCCUAUAGAGGGACAUGCUGCUAUAAGAAUGGGUGACUACAAGAUGGUAGAAGGAUAUCCUGGGGAGUUUCCUGACUGGUACAAACCACAACAACUUCCGGAAGAUAGUCCAAUAAAACAAGAUAAGUUUGAAAGGAAACCGUAUCCGUGGUACCAGUAUCAACUCUUUAAUUUGAAAGACGAUCCAACGGAACACAACGAUCUGUCUACGAAGUUUCCCGAUAUCUUAGCGAAGAUGAAAGCGAGGCUAAACGAGUACAAAAAACAGAUGGUUCGUCCACAUUUUCCGAUUAUUCCCGAUCCCAAGAGCGAUCCAGCCCUCUACAACAACACGUGGUCGCCUGGCUGGUGCUAGACUGUACACUUGUCAAUUUUAUUUCCAAAAUGUCUAAACUGUAUAUAAAAUAAAAUAAAUGUUUAAUUAAU